UAAAAAUUAACAAAAAUAUGAAUUUAUUAACAUCUUUAAUUUUUUUGAUAACAUUUUACCGAUUGACAAUAUCAUCAGCUUCUAACGUGACAAUUUUUAACGAUUCAGAGGAAUACAAUACUACGUUGACCCUAAAGAAUAGUUUGAGCAAUUUAAUCGAUUUAUUGGAACAAUUGAUCAAUUCUUCCAUCAUCCGACCUAAGUCUGCCAUUGCGAAUAACCCUUCCAACUCACAAAUAAUUGGCAACGACCCUAAGAAUGAUGUAUUGGAUUAUAUAGAAAACGAACUGGAUAAUGUGAAACGAGAUUUCGAUUUACAACGUCAUGAUGACGAUCUCAACUAUGAGCCUGUCAAGAUGGUGUGUUAUUUCACCGGAUGGGAUCAAUGGAAGCAACCCCCUUACAAAUUUCUAACAUCCAGUGUUGACCCAUUCCUAUGCACUCACAUAAUUUAUGCCUUCAGCAAGAUAUCCCCCGACUGGAAAAUGACGGUUUACGAACAUAAUGCUCAUGAACAAUACAGGGAAUUAGUGAAUCUCAAAAACACGAAUCCGAAAUUAAAAAUCAUGUUGGCUAUCGGCGGCUGGACACAUGGUGGAUUAUCAUUCAGUCUGAUGGCAGAGGACCCAGUAAAAAGAUUGGCAUUUAUAACCGACGUAGUUCAACAGCUGAUACAGUUCAAUUUUGACGGCUUUGAUUUGGAUUGGGAAUAUCCGGGCAACACGGAGAGAGGAGGAAGGAAAAUGGAUAAGGACAACUUUUUGACACUAGUCAAGGAACUAAGACAAGCUUUCAAUUCUAGCGGGAAAAAAUUAUUGCUAACUGCAGCGGUAUCAGCGGGCAAAGAUAAAAUAGAUUUCGCUUACCAUAUUCCGGAACUUAACAAAUAUUUGGAUUUCUUUAAUCUACUGUCUUACGAUUUUCACGGAGCUUGGGAAAAUGUAACGGGGUUAAAUAGUCCUUAUAAUUCAACGGGCGAUUAUUAUAGUUUGACCUGGGCCAUCGAUUAUUGGAUCAAAAAUGGAGUUGAUAGGUCAAAACUAAUCCCAGGAAUGGCUACAUAUGGUAGGAGUUUCACUCUUCAUCAACCCUUGCAGGAUGAAAGCACUCUUAUUAGUGACACAAAUAAGUCAGCGUUAUUGAAUUUGCCCGCAAAAGGGCCUGGUAAGGCCGGGAAAUUAACACUAGAACCAGGAGUCUUGUCUUAUUACGAGAUUUGUAGACACCUGAAAAAAGAUAAAUGGACUAAAACCUGGGACGACUUAGGAAGAGUGCCAUAUGCGUUCAAAGACGAUCAAUGGGUUGGCUACGAUGACAAAUCAAGCUUAGAUCAUAAGAUAAAUUAUGUGUUAUCGAAAUGUCUGGGCGGUGCUAUGGUUUGGGAUUUAGCUUUGGACGACCACGCUGGUAUAAAUUGUGAAGAAGGAAAAUACCCGUUGAUUAAACACAUCAAAUCACGCUUAUCAACUUAUCCAAAUACUUGUGGAUCUACCAGCAGCUCAAGAACUUCAGUGAGUCCCAUAUGUCCUUAUUCUUCCAUAUCCCCGGUGCCACCUGUUAUAUCUCCCGAGAUCUCAAUUUUGCCUUACCCUACUACAAUCAUUUCUUCCUCAACUUCAGCUCUGGACGCCAAAACACCCAUUACAAUAGCUCCACCAAUUUCGAUUUCCAUUUCUACUGGCACUCCUUAUUCGGCUAUCGUUUCAACUUCAGAUAAACAAAAUGUUUCGAACGCCACUACUGAAAAUAUUGAAAACUCAACAAGAGUCACAGAGAUGGAAAAUUCUUAUUCUAGUACUCCUGUAUUUAUUGCUCCUACUUCAACCGACUCUAAAACUCUUAAAUUAUCGCUCAAUCCAUCAUUGGCAGCCAUAACUAAGACCAGCCUCUACUCAGAUUUAACGACCACACAAUCUACUGUUGAAGAAAUUACUUUAAUCUUGAAUGCAUCCACUUCAAACAUUAAUAUUUCAAUUCCUAAAACAUCUACAGCUGACACAGCCAUUACUGAAUUCGGAAAAUCUGGCAAGCUUAUAAUAAAUCUACAGCCUUUGAUUAAUUUAACCACUACAAAUAGGCCUCACACUAAUAUUAUUAGCCAAGUUGAUAUAAAAUCGACUUCAUCUCUCCCAAUUUCAGAAACUUCAUCAACCUUCAUUCCUCUGAUACCAAUAUUUACCAAAACAAUUCCUACUAAAGUAUCAACAUCUACGACAUGGACAAGCCCGAAAGAAGUAUCUAACUCCUUGAACAAUGCAAGUACUGCUAAUAUUGUUACCACGAAACCACUAAUUUCAACUUCUACAGGGAGUGUGAAUAAAGCUUCCACGCUUAUUGCCGACGUAAGCAAAAUCAAUUUGACCGAUUCUUUGAAACUUAACAUAACCCUUAGUACUGUGGUAGCAUCAACAACUAUAUCUAAAUUUGAACCGGAUAGUACCAAAAUAUCUGCAGCGACAGCGCAAGAUAAGAAUUCUAUUGAAGAUGACACAGAUUUAGAGGGCUACUGUAGGAGAAACUGGGGCAACCACAAAUUUAAAUGCACUAAAGAAGGAAGUUUUCAGGAUAAAUUUGAUUGUGGCCAUUACUACGAAUGCCUGUACAACCAAUUGACCUCCUCCUAUAUACAGUUUUAUAGAGCAUGCGCCGACCCCACAAAGACUAUGUACGAUCCUAUUUAUGGUGUUUGUAUAUGGAAACCCCCAGGCCACGAUAAAUAUCCUCGCAUAACGUUAGAUAAGUUGAAACUUUCAAUCGAGGAAGGAUCUUGCCAAUGUGAUGCCUAUAACAGUGGUGCCUCAAAGGAAGAAACGAUUACUACCAGUUCUUAUGUUGUUACGAUCUCGGAUGAAGCAGGGCCAAAAAGUGCGAUGAUAACAUCACCAUUUCCAACUUUACCUAAUGAUGAUGGAAAUGAUACCAACGAUACUAAUUCACGUUUGCUGUUAGAUAUUCUGACCUACAACACAACAAAUUUGCUAGGGAAUCUUGUCAAUGAGGAGACAACUAAGACAUUGAUCGCUGCUUGCAUUGCGGCUAUCAAAAAAGAAUUCACUUGUACUGGUAAUGGGCUCUUCGUUGAUCACUCCGAUUGCAGAUAUUAUUGGGAAUGCGUUCAGAGUUACAGCGGAUUUACGCGUUAUCGAAGACCUUGUUCAAUGGCCAGCAACUCUAACUUGCAAGACCCUGUUAAUGCCAAACAAAUAGUAGUUUUUGACCCCGAAAUAGGAACAUGUGUAUGGAAUUGGCAAUCCCAACUCUUCUCUCGUAAAUCCGAGUAUAGUAUUUUAGACUUAAAAAAUGAGAGCUCAAUCAUGACUGAGGGUUCCCAAAAAUGCCCUUGCAAUCGAAUGUUUACUAAAGAAGUGAACGAGAAGCCGGAUCAAGAGGAAAUCGUGGUAGAGGAAAAAGAACCCUACGUAACUUUGGAAGAAGAGAUUCCCACACCUGCUAAAGGUACUAAGGUUUUGUUUUGUUACUUUACUGGAUGGGACCAAUGGAAAAGAUACCCUUAUAACUUCACCACCGCUAAUGUCAAUCCACUACUCUGCACUCACCUCAUAUACGCCUUCCUAUACUUAGCACCUAAUUUUACCGUUCAAAAUAUCGAACAUAACACUGAAGAGCAAUUUGAACAAUUGAAUGCCUUGAAGAUUAUCAACCCUGAUCUUAAAAUAAUAGCUGGUGUGGGAGGUUGGAAUGCUGGUGCGAAAGUAUUUAGCGAUUUAGCCAGGAAUAAAACCACUAGAGACGUGUUCGUUAAAAGCGCAAAAGAGUAUUUAUUGAAAAGAAACUUGGACGGUAUAGAUAUAGAUUGGGAGUACCCUGGACACGAAGGUCAGGGGGGAAGAUUAAACGAAGAUAAAAUCAAUUUCCCAAUUUUUAUGAAGGAAUUGAGAGAAGAAUUAGAUAAAGAUCAAAAUAACGCUACUAACCCCAAAAAGUUACUUAUAACUGCUGCCGUAUCCGCUGGCGAAACGAAUAUCGACAACGGAUACGAUAUUCCAAAAUUGUCAAAAUAUUUCGAUUUCAUCGCAGUCAUGACAUACGAUAUGAAUGGUUUGUGGCAACCUAACGCAGGGCAUAACAGCCCUUUAUAUCAUUCCAAAUCAGACUUUUCUUUAAGUUGGGCCAUGAAAUAUUGGCACAAACAUGGUACUCCCUUGCAUAAAUUGUUGAUAGGAAUUCCAACAUACGGAAGAUUAUUUAAAUUGAGACACCAUUCAAACAAUAAGCCAGGAGAUGCCAUUAUUGGACCGGGACCUGUUGGGCCUUAUACUUCGGAAUCCGGAAUCUUGUCUAAUUAUGAAAUUUGUCAAAUUAUUCAUAAUAAUACUCUUGGCUGGACAAAGAAAUUCGACAAUGAUUCAUUAGUUCCAUACGCUUUCAAGGACAACCUCUGGCUAAGUUACGAAAAUAAAGAAAGCGUGAUAUUGAAAGCAAAAUACUUAAUCAAACAUAAUUAUGGUGGAGCCAUGGUAUGGAAUCUAGCUUUGGACGAUUUUGGAGGUUCAACUUGCAGUACGCAAAAGUUUCCCUUAAUAUCUACCGCUGCAAAAUUACUAAAUAUCCACGAUAAUUUUAUCAAUGCAGCAGAAGCGAAAAUCUCUUCAGCGGUUGGUUUUAGAACUGAUGAUUCUGACUCGCUAACAGAUGUUGACAAGUUCCUGGAAAAGCACCCGAAAUAUAACACUAGCGAAGCCUACCCCGGAAGAGACAUAUUCAAGGACUCUUUAAAAAAUUCUAAUAUUUCAUUGGAAUCCAUAAUAGCUACUCUAGUUCUCUUGAAAAGUAGGUUGAAGGCACUUUCCGAAAAUAACUCUUCUUUAACGGAUAAUGAUGGAGUGAAAAAAAUUAGAGAUGACCUUGGUAUUUGGGAUAAUCUUCCAAACUUAAACGUAAUGAUUUCAAAUUUAUAUAAGAACUCUGUUGAAAAUAUCAAUAACAUUAAUAACAAUCAAAGCGUAAAUAGAUCAAAGGAGGAUAUUAAAGCCAGUAAUGAUAUAAAUUAUGAAAUAACAUCUUAUCAUUUGAAAAAAGAUAAACCAUUUGGUUCAGCCUCUAAUACAACAGAUUACAACAACAUCGAGGAUAUAAAUAUAUUGAACAACAAUGCAUCUUCUGAGAUAUUUGUUAAGAGCUCAAAUCAACACAGAAAUUUAUAUAAGCAAAAUACCGAGAUUAAUCAUAAGAAUAAUGAUCUCGACUAUACUAAAACUGAUAUGUCUUUUAAUAUCGUAAAUAAUAGCUUAUCAGACGUUAAACGUUUGAAUACCGAGCGUAUACAGUCUAUUAAAAAAUUGAACAAUUUUACUUUUUUCAGCUCUAAAGGUCCAGUCUCUAUCAAAAUUAAUUCACAAACCAGUUUGAAAGAUACCACGGCAAAAAAUACUAAUGUCCUCAAUACAUUAACAAUUAUGCAAUAUUCACAAACCAGUUUGAAAGAUACAACGACAAAAAAUACUAAUGUCCUCAAUACAUAUACAAUUAAUGAUAUACGAUCAAAAGACAAGUUAGAUUAUAAAAGUAGAAACAAUUUGGAGUAUCAUGAUAUAUUUGAUUACAAUGAUAAUCAGGCUGACGCGAAAUAUAGAUUGCUUGAAAAGAAAGACCUUCAAUUUAUUGAUCCCGAAUCAAGCGAUGGCAUAACGGAACAAGUGAUAGGCGCCCCAAAAGUUAUACUUUCAGUUAUUUCUAAUCUCUUUUCUGUCCUCACUAACGCGACUUUAAAUGUAUCUGAAAAUAAUGUGACCAAAAAUGUUAACAAAGAUGAAAAUAUAUUUAAUGUGGACAUCAAGGAUGGCUAUGAGAGCAAGGAUUGGCUAGUUUUGCCAUUCAACUACGUCAAUUCCCCUUUAAAUCUAACCAGAGUGCUUAAUUUGGAGUUCAAACGCCCUGUUUUUAAUUCCGCAGAUCACAAUGGUUCUAUUGGAUCUAAAACUCUACCUCUUAAUAAAUCUAUCAGCAAGGAUGAUGAAGUUUUAAGCAGCAUAAAAUUAAUAGACCCCGUGCCUUUUGACUCACUCAAUAAUAUUCCGUCUAAACAACUCAAUUUAUCCAACAUCCUCUUACUCACUAAAAAUGAUACAAAGUUGGUAAAGACAAAUGAUACGGAUAAAGAUAAAACUUCAUCGAAAUCAGGUCUUGCGGAGGGGUUCCAGUUGGCUAGGAUAGUGUAUGCCAGACAAGACCUUCAAAACCCCGUUAGCGGAAAUAACUACAACGAUGGUUUCGAUAAUCGCUCCCUCUCUCUUUAUUAUUAUUACGCGGACCCUAAAAGGAGCGAUCCCGCAUCUUCUUCCUACCUUAUUUUCAAUCUUUCUUCCCUGAAUUUGAUUAACGAAGAUGAUAGGAGUAUGUAUGCCGCUUUCAAUAGGCACAGGGUUUAUAGGCCGGUUACCGUGAGCAAGGAGAUCCCUCGUGAAGAGAACGUAGAUCUGAUGACUAAAAUUUUGAGAAUCGAUGCAAAGCUUUUGAAAGGAGAACUCACAAAAAUCAUUCAUUUUUAACCCAAGAAAAAAAUAACCUGAUCUUUAAUGUUAUUACGAUUUUUUUUUUAAAAAUUUACGUGCAAUUACUAAUGUGAUUAGUUAUAUUUGAAUGACAAAUAAAUAUCAAUGUUAAAAAAAGAAAUAUUAUGAUAAACAAUUAAUAUAUUAUCUAUUUUUUUUAAAAAAAAUAUCAUUGUCGUACAAUUUUUUUGUAAAUUUGUUUUUAAAUUCUAUAUUUAAAAAAAAUAUAUAUAUGAAUUACCGUGAAAGUUUUAUAAAUUAAUUUUCCUCUUUCUGAUCAAAGCUGAAACUUUAUUUUAUAGAUUAUACACAUUAUAUAUUAUAU